UUCUCUUCAACCACAAUUGGCCUUUAGAUUUGGGGAUUAUAGAAAUUUUUGUACCUCGCGCUAUGGAUAUAGGGUUUUCUGUAGUUCUAUUUUAAAUAGUCGGCAGGAUCUGAGCAAUGAAUCCGCUGACGUUAGUGAAGCGUAUACAGAACAUUAAUUCAAAGGAAGCAGCGCUAGGAAUUUCUGAAGAUGCUUCGUGGCACACGAAAUACAAGGAGUCGGCCUAUGUAUUUGUUGGCGGCAUUCCUUUCGAUCUUACGGAGGGGGACCUUCUUGCGGUUUUUGCACAGUAUGGGGAGAUUGUUGAUGUUAACCUUGUUAGAGACAAGGGUACUGGUAAAUCUAAAGGAUUUGCCUUUAUUGCAUAUGAGGAUCAGAGAAGCACAAAUCUUGCAGUAGAUAAUUUAAAUGGAGCCCAAAUUCUUGGUCGUAUUAUAAGGGUUGAUCAUGCCAGUAACUACAAGAAGAAAGAAGAAGAGGAUGAGGAGAAAGAGCAACAGAAGAGGGAGGCAAGAGGUGUAUGCCGUGCUUUCCAAAGAGGUGAAUGUAACCGUGGAGCUGCUUGCAAAUUUUCCCAUAACGAGCAAAGAUGUGCAAAUACAGGUGGGGGUCCAGAGGACAGCCAUUCAAGAUGGGAUCAUGAUAAGUAUGAUGGAUCAUCUAGGAGCCAUGGAAGAUAUGGUAACAUCUCCUCAAGUCGUAUCCCAGAAUCUAAAGUUCAGGAAGGUGGCUCAAGGUCUAGGUUGUAUGGAGAUGGUGCCAGAGCAUCCAGAGCAGAAGAUGAUGAAAGGGAGAUGAAGAGCCACUCUAAGCGAAGCGCAACAAGUCCAGGUGAGCAAGAUAAGCAAGGACUCGAGAAACAAUCAGAAAGGAAAGAGGAGAGAAGGCACAGAGAACAUCAUGAUAAACGAGAAACUGAAAGAGCGUUGGGAAGGUGCGAAGCUGAAACAAAGCCAAGCAAGGAUCAUGAUAGGAGAAGGGAAGAGAGGUCAGGAAGACAUGAGUUGGAACGAAAUCCAAGGGAAGAAGAUCGAGAUCGAAGAGGAGAUGGAAAACGAUCCAGGUACGAGAGGGACUCUUAUUCCCAUCAUCAUAGAGAGGACGACAAAGAACAUCACAGGAGUUCACAUAGGUAAGUAGUCUUCUAACGGUUGAUGGAGGAGCUUAUGUUAAUUUCUGUCAUGGUUUAUUAUCAGAGGUGAAUAACUGAAACUAUUUAUAAUUUUCUUUUUGAUCUCCCAUGUAUGUGAAUUUUAGAAGCAAAUAGUUAGAUUCACAGAUUCCUUCUGUUACAGAUUCUGUUCAUUAGAGUUGGAUCCUAUGUGAAGCAUAUGAUUUGACUCCAUUGUUAGACAAUAUUAAAAGUCGCUUUCUGCCGAGUA